UAAUUUAAAAUGAAAUGAGGAGGUGUGAGGGAAUGUCCUCUGGUUAGAAUAUUUUUUGUUGUGUUCAUGUAGCCGCUAAGCUUUCAGACGCUGAAAGCUUGUUAACCUGUUGCGCAGAAUAUAAAUGAGCCUUUUACCAAAGUCUCACGAAGAAUUUAGUCACAAGGAUUUCUGGAAUUCGUUUUUCAAGAAACGGGGAACCAGGGCUUUUGAGUGGUACGGAGAGUACCCGGAACUAUGUGGCCUGUUGCACAAAUAUAUCAAGCCAAAGGACAUUAUUCUUAUGAUAGGUUGUGGAAAUUCCUCACUGAGUGCAGAUUUAUAUGAUGUUGGCUACAGGCAUCUAACAAAUAUAGACAUUAGUCAUGUUGUUAUACGGCAGAUGAUUGAAACACAUGGCAAGGACCGGCCAGAUAUGGUUUAUAAACAGAUGGAUGCCUUACAUAUGACAUUCGAGGAUAAUGAGUUCAGUGUUGUCCUCGACAAAGGAACACUUGAUGCUUUGAUGCCGGACAACAGUGAAGAAGUUCAGAAGAGAAUAGAUAAAUUAUUCAGUGAGAUAGAUCGUGUCCUGCGGGUGGGUGGCCGUUAUGUCUGUGUCUCUUUACUUCAAGAACACAUCCUUCUGAAACUGUUGGAGUACUUCCCAGCUGCAGGGUGGAUGUUCAGAGUUUGCAGAUGUAUUGAAGCUGAAAGAAAAUCACCUGAUGGAGAUGGGCCUGCCUUCCCCGUUUUUGUAGUAAUUUGCACUAAGUUUAAGAAAUUGGCCAAUGCAACACCAGUUCUGGAAGUGUGCUUUACUUGUGAACAAAUUCAGAGAGUAAAGACACAAUCAGAUGUUGUUAUUGCUGUGAGGUCUGUGCAGCAAUCGGCAAUGGUGUGUGCCCGAUUGAGUCGUGGCACUGUUGCAGGCCAUGGUGAAGUAUCUUUAGAUUUGCAUCGACCUAAUGAAGAUACACCACGUUAUACUGUUUAUGUACUGGAUCAGCCAUACUCGAGAGAGACCAGUCGUCGCUUCGCAGCUUUCAUUGUACCACAAGGAAGAGAAACUGAGUGGCUGUUUGCAACCCCAGAAGGCAGAGUUGCAUUGCUAAAGUCUGCUGGCUUUGACAGGCUGGCAGUAGUAGCAUUACAUAGAGAUCACACGUAUAAGGGUUUGGAUGCAGUACAGGAAGAAUUGUGUGACAGUAUCUUGCACUUAGCGCCGCCAGGAUGUCGACAGGGUAAUCAGAUUCCCUUCCUAUCAGUUGGAUCUGAUGUUGGCCGUAGAGAAGUCUGUUACCGAGGCCAUAGUCAAAUGUCAGGUGACUUUGUGGUAGAAGAAGCUGAAGGUGAUGGUGGAAAACUAUUUAGAAGACUUAUUUUCCUGAACAAUCAAGGCACAGUACAAUCAGAAGCUCGUUUGAAGAUACUAAAAUCGAGGAAAGGAAAGCCAAAGAAAGUUGUUGACAUUGGAUAUUUGGCUAGUGACUACCUCAUUUAUAUGACUGUUGGAGUGGCUCUGGCAGCACCAGAAAAUUCAGUGUGUCAUGUAGCAGUAAUUGGUCUGGGAGGUGGUGGUCUAUGCAGUUUCAUACAACACUGUUUUACAAAGAUUCGAAUAACAGCUGUAGAUAUAGACCCUGUUAUGUUGGAAAUUGCAACAAAUUAUUUUGGGCUGGUUCAAGAUGAGCGCUUGGGUGUAUACAUUCGUGAUGGCAUUCAGUAUAUUCAACAGGCUGCAGAGAAGGGUACAACAUUCGACGUAGUGUUGUUUGAUGUUGACAGUAAGAAUCAUACACUUGGUAUGAGCUGCCCUCCAAAGGAAUUUCUGGAGCCAGAUGUUCUGCAGGCAGUUAAAACAUGCAUUGGAGAGACAGGGUUCUUCGUGCUGAAUCUUGUGUGCCGAAAUGUGGAUUUGAGGAUGCAGGCGCUCAAGAACCUCACUGCAGUCUUCGAUUCUGUAAGCUCUUUCAAACUUGAACAAGAAGUUAGUGAAAUAGUGUUUUGUUGUGGCUUUAAGGUUGUAACUGGUGAUGAGUGGCGUAGUUUGAUUGAAGCUGCUGCGGUAAAAGUUAAUGCUCUUGCAAAGAAGCGAAAAUUGCAGACAGAUAAUUUGGUCGAUGUCACUAACCUUGUCAGUUCCCUUCAAAUUAGUACAUGAAUCCUGAAGAACUAAUUGAAAUAGCUGUUAAAACAUCGUGACUUGCAUUGUUGUGAUAAAAGUACAUACUGUGGAGUUUCAAAGCUAUACUGAAAGUCAAAGCUGGUGACAUUACAUUGUGUCAUGUAUAAAUGUAUGUGUUUCAUAAUUUGUAUGGCUAUUCGUAGUCACAGGUUUGUAGAUAGUUUUCUAUUCUGAUUUGUAAAUUUGUAAUUAGACAUAUAUGUCAGCAGAACUAUUGUUUGUCAACUUUUGUAUAUUGUUGAAUGGAAAAGAAUGUUAUUAAACAGAGUACAAAGUGGGUGAUCACAGUUCAUUAUGUUUUGUACAGUAGUAUUACUGUGAAGUUGCAGAGCUAGUGUGUCAUUUGUCUAUCUUCUAUCACUUGCUUAAAUGACAUAGUGUUGCCCCCUGCACUUACCAGAAUGUCACUGUUCAGGAACUUCAAAAUGGUAAUGAUAAGAAAAGGUAAAACAAGACUAAAGAGAAUGUUACCUUGGCAUAAUUUUUUGAGAAGAUGGAGCUUAGAACAGGUGAACAGUGCAGAAUGGAAAGAAAGUGUUCUCACAUGGUGCUGUAUAUAUGAUUGCAUCUUAAGUUAUAAAAUAUCUUAUUGAAAUGUUAUAGACUUACCUGUUGGUUCUCUCCUCAUAGCAUUUAAUGUUUAAAUGAUUUGAUCUACCUAUAAGACACAAAUAAGAAUUCUGGCAUGGCUUAUUGAUGUAUAACAUCUUUAACCAUUAGUCUUUGUAUUAUUUGUUUAUGUUCAGUUUAUUACAAAUUUAAUGUGUUUGGAAUUACUGCAAGUUCAUUUUAACGCUGCAUUGCACAUACAGCAAAAUGGAAGUUUUCAACUACUAAGGUGUGUCUGCCAUGGUACACAACUGUGUCCAUCUGUAAGAAUUUCUGAUUACAGUAACUGAUAUAGAAUGAAUAGGUUAUGUGUUGCUACAUAGGUAUUAAUUUUGAAAAGUCAAGGAGAAGUCUUCCAAAUUAUAAUACUAGUAUGAGUUUUGGAGAUUUACAGACUGGCCUCACCUUCAUAAAUUUGCAGACACGAUUAUAUGCACUUUAUACUUACGCUGUGAUGAUCACACUUUAUCUGCUCCAUUCUAUUAAACCUUGUAUGUUGCAUUCUCCCUGGCUAUGUAACAGUAAUAUAGUUUGCACUAUAUUUGAAAGAUUGUAGGUAUAUUUUUUUGUGGGGAGGUUCCUGGAGGACACAGAGUAUGAAAAAUGGAAAUGAUUCUACUAAAUAGGUUAUAAUUAUUGGAAUGAGACUGAUUUUUUGGCCUGAUGCAUAAUGAAAGUAGUCAGUUUGCAGAAUUUGUGUGUGCUUCAAAAUUGUAAAUACCUUACAGUAAAUGGAUUUAUGUUAGCA